ACAAGACUAUAAUAUUUCUAUAUUUCGUCUGGCGGCCGAAAGACCUGAUAGUGCAAGACACGAAGCUUGAAGUGCUUAAUAUUCGACAAUCUCCGCCAAAAAAAUAUUCAUGUCUUCCAGCUCUCGGCGCCAGCCUCCAUCAUGGCCCUCUCAUAUUCAGUAUAUCAACGCCCCUCGUUAUCAUCCUUCUGUGCCGGGCCCCGUGCGCUCUUUUCUUAUCAGUGGCACUAAUCCCGCCCCCCAGAAAACACCGAUUUCAGGUCCUUCGACAUCUCUAGUCCGCGUGAGGUACAUCACAGAACCUUCUCACCCUGCACGAGGACAGAACGGCCUUUUUGCUGUUCGAAAGAUCCUUCCUAGGUCACAUAUCAUUGACUAUAUUGGAGAAGUGCAUUGCCAAGAUAGAGCUGACUCCGACUACGAUCUUUCUCUUUUUCGGUCAGCGGAUGGGGAUAAUGUAGGCGUGGAUGCCAGUAUUAUGGGCAAUGAGGCUAGGUUCGUCAAUGAUUACCGUGGUAUUCGAAGCAAACCCAAUGCUGUUUUUGUGGAGAGCCGUACGUCGCAAGGCGAACUACGGAUGAGCAUUUGGAGUUCCAAAGAUCCAAUACAAAAGGGCGAUGAGAUCUUAGUAUCCUAUGGAAAAAGUUGGUGGCGCUCCCGAAUAGCCCAAACAGACGCGUUACCUGAUUUCGCCUGAUCAAAAAUUAUCAGCGUUAUUACCUUCCUUAACCACGGGGAGCCCAGAUCAUUAAAUGGUCUAAGCUUGAACGGUAGAUUUGAAAGAGGAACCGAGCACUGUUGGAAAUGACCUUCCUUGCAAGCGAUUUACGUGUGCUUCUGUAAUUUGAUCAACAGGUUGUGAGACCAUGGACAGCUAUCUUACAUGGUGGGCCUAUAAAUCGUGAAUCGGACUGCUAAGCUACUUGAUAGGGGAUUCUAGCUCCAAGCAGGAAUAGCUAUUAUCUAGCUGCCCAUGUACACAUACUGAUUCGGUACGCUUGUCCUUGCCGCGCUUCUCUCAACGUGCUGGCGUCAUAAAUUCUGACCCUUGAUUACUUCGAUAGUCCGGAGAAAGACUAGAAAAAUCAAAUAUGGAUACGAUAUUC